UGCGACAGUUAGUGAUUGACGAUCACUCGGCGCGCACGUUCGUGGCGAAUUUUGUAUUUUCAUGGCCGUCGCGAUAAUUACGAGGCUCCGUCGCGUCGUCUUCCGCGGCACCAUUUGUCACGUUGUCGAUGUAAAUAAACAAAGGAACCUCCCGCGAACCGUCGAGUGUUGACUCACUAGUCACUCCUGAACAUUGUCAAAUAAUGAGGUGCACUUGAGGUGGAGGUUGUGGUCGCCCGGGAUGAAUUCGGACGUACACCGACAUCAGGCUCAUCCGCCGCUUGCACAGCACAGUGUACAUGGUGGGCAGAGCGUGGGUCCCUGCGGCUGGUACUCCGCGUCGGCUACCCCCGCGCCCACCGCGCCUGCCCGCUUGAAAAGAGCACAACCGCCGCUACAGCUACCCUCGGGUGGGGGAGUCAGCGGAAGCAAUGGUCCUCACGCUCCUCUUUCGCCGACAGCUUUGCAGAACUCCGUCGCACACAACAACGUGAUGUCGUCGUCGGUGCGUGCGGCUGCGCCCAGCGGCCCCGCGCCCGCAAUGCACACCUCACAGACCAACGCCGUUGUACCCAAAGGAGCUAGUGAUGUGCUGGUAAACUCAACAGCUCAAAACCCACCGCCUGCGGCUGCCAGACUCGUCAACAAAGCGCAUUGGCCAUGGCACCACGGCGCCAUAUCGCGAGAGCGCGCCGAAGCUUUGCUAUCGGGUUCACCGGACGGCGUGUUCCUCGUGCGAGAGAGCACCAACUUCCCCGGCGAUCAUACGCUCUGCGUGCGCUUCCGUGGACGUGUGGAACACUACCGAGUAAAAUGGGCGACGGCACCAGACACCCAAAAUCAGCGUCUCACAAUCGACGAUGAAGAGUUUUUCGAUAAUAUGAUGGAUUUAAUCCAGCAUUACCUUAAAGACGCCGAUGGCUUAUGUACAAAGUUAGAGCGGUGGCUCCCGAAAGCUUCUCCCAACGGUGCUAACAACAAUAACGUCUUACAAACUUUCUCACCUCUUCCACAGCAACCACCGCCAUACCCACCAACCCCGAGCGUAUCGAGUGCACUCAGUUCGGGACAUUUCCAGCACGCUUUCGGGCACCUGUCAGGCGACCAACCGGACGGCGGGCAGAAGUUCGUCGAUGCGCGUUGGAUAAUAGCGGAGAGGGAUCUAGAAAUCCGUGAAAACAUAGGCAAAGGCGAAUUUGGUGAUGUGAUGUUGGGUAUUUUAAAUGGCACUCAAAAAGUUGCUGUCAAAAUACUAAAAGAUCGGGAGGCGGCAAGCAAAUUUCGAGCAGAGGCGAGCGUUAUGGCUUCACUAAAGCACGAGAAUUUGGUACGGCUGCUUGGCUGUGUGGUGUUCAGCUCUAACGGCAGCACGUGUAUCGUGACGGAGCACUGUGCGCAAGGCUCGUUGCUGGACUACCUCCGAAGCCGCGGCCGUCACUACGUCACGCAGCUCAACCAGAUCAACUUCGCCUACGACGCGUGCUGCGGUAUGGAGUACCUGGAGCGGCAGCGCGUAGUGCACCGCGACCUGGCGGCGCGCAACGUACUCAUCUCUGCGGAGGGCACGGCCAAGGUGGCGGACUUCGGGCUCGCGCGCACAGACGCUGCGCCCGACGACCCCGCCGACGCGCUCCGCGUGCAGGCCAAGCUGCCCAUCAAGUGGACCGCGCCCGAGGCUCUCAAGUACAACAAAUUUUCAAAUAAGUCUGACAUGUGGAGCUUUGGUAUUCUGCUUUGGGAAAUUUACUCGUUUGGAAGAGUGCCAUAUCCCAGAAUCCCGCUGGCGGAGGUGGUGCGGCACGUGGAGCGCGGCUACCGCAUGGAGGCGCCGGAGGGCUGCCCCGCCGGCCCCUAUGACGUCAUGCGCGCCGCGUGGCACGCAGACCCCGCACAGCGCCCCACCUUCGCACACACGCGCCUGCGCCUCGCCGCCAUCCGGGACGCCGCGCAUGCGCUCCAGUGAACACCCUGUUCCAGAUUUGGCGGAACUUAAAUACAUAUAUUAGACUUUAUAAUGUCUAUUGGGCAAUAUGAAGAUGCAAACUGUAUUUUAUUAUAAACGAUUUUAAUGUCUCCUGUAAGUCCUAAAUUAUUUUGAUAAAGUUUAAAGACACUUCCUCACUAAAGAAGUAACCAUAGAAUAGAGUGAAAUUUGUGUGUAUAGAAGUUUUUAUCAAGUUGUGGAAUGUCGCUCUCGUGGGGCUUUUAGUGGUAUCUUAAUAUUUUAUUAGGAGAAAGAUGCUUUUUUUUUUUCUUUAUAUUAAAAUUUGUU